AUGCGGAACUGACAAUUUUUUUAACAGUAUAGACAGUAAGCAGGACUUAAUAAACUAGAAGUUCAGGCGUCUCAUUGAUGUAAAAGCCUACACAUAGGCUACAGUUUCAUUGUGGUUUAAGUGGCAGUCAAAACCUGUCGUGGGACCAAGGAUGAAGACAGAAAAAAGCGAAGCGCUCAUGGCAUCAGAUUACGAGUUUUCAAAGAAUCUUGUACUUAGAUCAGUGAAGGACCAGAUACAGAGAGCGGGAACAUGUGCACCGUCUCUUCCAGAACCGCAGCUAAUGAGUGCUGAGCGGGAGCAGCUCCUGGACCAGGUGGCUAACUUCACUAGAGACAUCGGCGACAUUAUAGAUCGGGAUAUAAAGUUCAAUAACAUGGUUGAUGGGUUUGCACGUGUGGCGGAUACACAGAGUUUCCAGAGCCUUGUAGAAAAAGUGUUUGUUGAUUGCAUCACCUGGGGGAAAAUUAUUACUCUGAUCUGUGUUAUUGGGAAAACAGCUGCAAAGAUUCUUGCAAAUUCAGCCCCAGACAUUGUGUUUUGGACACUGGAUUACUUCAGGGAUUACCUACAGAACUGGAUCUGCAAUAGGGGAGGAUGGGUCAACAGUAUCUAUUCUUUGGCUCGUUCCUCUUUUGAGCUAGAUUUUAGUUCCUCAUCCAGCCCGAUCUCCCUUUCUUCUGGAGUCAUCUUCCUCGGUGGAGCACUGCUGGGUGGUCUCAUCGUCUGGAGACUAAAGAGAGGUGCCUGAGGAGGGUCAGUGGAGGACGGAUAAAGUGAGAAAAGGAGGAAUGCUGGGAUUUACACAUGCUACAGACCAAAACAAAGAUAGUUUGGUGACCAAAUAUAGGAGAAAAGUAGGCUGCUUGGGAAUAUUAUGCAAAGUGAGAAAGGGUGUGAAAUAUUGUGAUUUUUCUUUCACCUCUGAGUCCAUGUGACAAAGAUGAAGAAUGAGGGCACUUACAAUUCAUCACAUCCAGAAUGGGACGUACAGUAUAGCAAUAACCAGCAAGAUUUGAAAUAUCCUAGAUCUGUGCCAGGAGGACUGGUCACUGUCAUUUUAGUGACAUUGUUAUUACCCUCUACCUCAUUUUCACUUGUACCAUUGUUUUAACUCCAUGCAUUCUGUUG